AUGGCAGGAAAGGGCUUCAGCAUCGCUACAGGAGCGCUGACUUUUGGCGAAGCUCGGCAGGUGGUGGCGUCGGACGACGACGUCUGCGCCCGAUGCGGCGUGUACUUUCCCUCGCCGUCACCGGCUGUUCUUGCUGCCGGUGCCGUCCUACAUCCGCACUGCUUCAUCUGUGCCGUCUGCUGCACCCGCCUCAAGAACCGCUUCCGCAUCACGCAGGACUCUAUUCUCCACGUCUGCAUCGCCUGCUACGCGGCUGGCAACCACAAGCGCCUCGCCCCGCCGCUCGACAACUCGCCCGUCGCCAAUCGCCAGCUUGCCGCCAAUCUCGCCCGGAAGCAAGAGGCGCUCCGCAAGCUCCGCGCGCGUUCCGUUUUCCGAAGAGAUCGCCGCGCCCGCGAGCAUGAGGAGAAGGCCGCCGCCCGCGCCCGCCUCUACGCCCGCGCCUCCUCCCUGCGUCGGCUCAUGGACGGCGAGGUCCGGCAAACGGCAAGCAAGCCGUCGCGGACAUCCGGCUCCGGCAAACGCCGCCGCCGUCGCAAGCGGUCCCGCAAGUCGUCCAGCAAGCGAUCGCCGCAUCGUCAGCCGCCGCAGCCGCCCGCAGCCUCAUCGCCGGCUCGGCCUCCGCUCCAAGCCUCGCCCUCGCUCCUCCGCGGCAUGCUCUCUGUCAACGACAUCGACCGCGCAACCGUUGUGUCCGCCUCGGCUCUUGCACGUGAGUCCGCCGCUGCUGACGACCAGGAAAGGCGGGCUAUCCGCCGUGAGCACCGUGCCCGGGCCAGCGCCAAGCAGUCUGCUUCUGCCAUCGAGGCUGCUGCUGCCUUUCGCCAAUCACGAUCCGCCGUGGCCUUGGCCGCCAACGGUGGCCCUCGCAUCCGAUGA